AUGGAUUUGGACAGACGCCCACUUUCUCUCCUCGACCAGCGUAUAGCUACAGGAAUCCCACAGCAUGUUGGUGGUUUAGACAUUGCGAGCCCCUCACUGGCCAGCGUGGUCUCUGGAUACUGGUGCCAUCGAGGCAUCCCCUCAAUGAAUAGUACUAAAAAACGGGCUUUUAUGCCCAAAGUAAAGACAGGGAUUCGACGUGUUAAAUGUGACGAAGAGAAACCCGCGUGCCGUCGAUGUAGGAGCUCAAAGCGAACGUGUGAUGGCUACAACGACGAAUGCCGUCCUACGCAGAGCAAGAGCGGCAAGCCUAGAUCAACAUACCACACUCCAGCUCCCCGUAUCAGUCCUGACAGCCGUCUGGUUCUCCGUCCGGGCACAAGGGAGGAACGCCAAUAUGCAGAACUCUUCUGCACCCAGACCUCCCAGGCUAUAGCAGGGUUCUUUGCGUCAGAAUUCUGGUGCCGCGUGCUGCCUCGGCUGAGCUUUUGGGAGCCAGCUGUAAGACACGCCAUCAUUGCCAGGAGAGGUAUCUUGGAUGCAGUGGAUAAAGAACUGGUUGAAUUGUUCGUCCGCUUGAACAUCCAGAAGUCGCUCUUUGGUCGCCCGCUGAUGACGCUCAAUACUCCACAAGGAAACCAGGAUUCCUCCUCCUGCAGAGCUUCAUUUUCAACAACUUCAGAAGCAAGAGUAUUGUUAGAUUCACUGACAGAGAGAGCAUUGAAAUUCAUUCGUCUUACGAAGAGCGGACAAGACUGCAGUCUGACGACAACGGAACUCCUAGGAGAACAAACCCACAUCACAACCGCACUAGACAAUUGGUCGCGUCAAUUUGAAAGGCUGACGAGGAGUAAACGCAUCAAACGAUCUGACUCUCGAGGACCUCUUAUAUUGAAAGUGCAAUACCUCGUCGCGCGAAUAUGGCUGAAGACAUGCCUAUCACCGGACGAGAUGGUAUUCGACAACCACAUUUCUGACUUCGAAGAGAUCAUCUCCAUCGCCACCACGUUCAUAAACGAUGAAACGACCAAUCAUCAGAAGAAAGAAUCUAACGACUCCUGCGGUAUCUUCUGUGGGGAGAUGGGAAUCAUAUCACCUCUGUAUUACACGGCGCUCAAAUGCCGCGAGCCCAUAUUGCGGAGAAAAGCGAUUAAUUUAAUUUCCAGCUACCACAGACGAGAAGGAAUGUGGGAUGGAAUAUUAUAUGCGAAGGUUGCGGAGUUUGUUAUGGUGAUGGAAGAAGAGAAGCAAUUAUCGCUUCCGGUUGAAAUGCGGGGUUUACCAGCGAGUACGUGCCGUGUUUACGAAGUACUUAUUCCUGAAGAGGCGACUGGUAAUGGUGUUCGAUUUCUACUGCUAUCGAAGCCGGAUGGGGUUGAUGGAAACUGGUAUUCUGAGACGCGGUCUAUUCUGUGGUAG